ACAGCCCAAUGGAGCCCACUGAAGAACCUUGUCAGAUUCGCAGAGAUAAGUUUUUAGAAGUUCCUAAUCUGUCAGAAUCUGUGUGUGAAGAUGAAGAAGUUAAAGGGACCUUCAAACCUAGCUACUCCCCUCAGCCAAGCAGACGAGGGUCGGGAUCUUCUGAAGACACAUACCUGGACACCCCAACUUCAGCGUCCAGGAGGGUUUCCUUUGCUGACAGUCUUGGAUUCAGUCUUGUGUCCGUUAAAGAAUUUGAUUGCUGGGAUUUACCAAGUUCAACUGAUUUUGACUUAAGUAGGAACAUCUUCCACACAGAAGAAUAUGUUUUGUCUCCACUGUUUGAACUGCCCUCAUCUAAAGAAGAGCUUAUGGAACAGCUUCAAGUCCAGAAAGCAGUGCUGGAGUCAACUGAAUACCUUCCCGGGUCGACAAGUGUGAAGGGCAUUAUUCGAGUUCUGAACAUUUCUUUUCAGAAGUUAGUAUAUGUGCGCAUGUCCUUGGAUGACUGGCAGUCGCAUUAUGACAUUUUAGCAGAAUAUGUUCCUAAUUCAUGUGAUGGUGAGACUGACCAGUUUUCUUUUAAGAUUUCAUUGGUUCCUCCGUAUCAAAAAGAUGGCAGUAAAGUUGAGUUUUGUAUACGCUAUGAAACUUCUGUUGGUACCUUUUGGUCAAAUAAUAAUGGCACCAAUUAUGUACUGGUUUGUCAAAAGAAAAGGAAAGAGCCGGAGCCAGUAAAACCAUUGGAAGAAGCUUCGAGUAGACAAAUAAAAGGCUGCUUAAAGGUAAAAUCAAGCAGUAAAGAAGAAUCACUGCUAACAUCCGAAGAAAAUAAGCUUGAGAAUUUGAAGUUCACAGAUGCCUACAUCCCAACAAUCAUUUGUUCUCUUGAGGACAAGGAUAGCUUGGGAGCCAGUCAUCAAAAUGUAGAAGAUAUCAACAGGGAGCAUGAUGAACAUAGUGAAAAAGAAAUAGACUUGAUGAUAAACCAACGGCUGAUAUCUUCCCGGGAUGAAAAGAAGACAUUUUCAACAGACCCAAUCAAUUUCACAUAUAAAGCUGAGGGGUCCGAGGAGAAGCAAGGUUACCACAGAAUUCAUACUGACUUGUUUAGAAGGCCUUUGUCUCCAAGUUUACCAGAAGAAAUCCCCUUAAAGAAAGAUUUCUAUCACAGCAAAAACUAUUCCCCAGGAAAUGAAUAUGGUCAUACACCUUCAGAGGAGAUGCCUUCACAUGUGGGAGAAACUGGUCCAGCACUGGGAGAUGCUAGCUCUGAUGAAUUAACACAACUGAACCUCUGCAGCAAGGAAAUCCUUGAUGAUAAUGCCAACCCAGCCCACGGGAGUGAUAAAGUGCAAACAGUAUAUUUCUCCUGUGACCAGCUAAUGGCAGGCAGUCUUCAGAAGAAUGAAGCAGGAGUCAAGAAAACUGGAAUAAAAGAUUACAAAUAUUCAAGAAGUGAUUUCUAUUUGGAGGCAUCCACAAAUCUGGAAGAAUCAAAUGCAUCUUCAAAAGAUGAUUACACCAAGGGCAAUGUUGCAGUGGAGCAGAACACAUGCUUAGGUGUUAAUGAAAAUCAAAGCACGAAUUUUCAAUCAAUAUUCCAGAAGCAAGAGAGACAAAUGAGGCAUCCCAAAAUACACAUUGAAGGGACUAAAGAGAAUAACAAAGAAUUAACCACUCUCCUAAGCAAAGGCACUAUAACUACUCCCUGGGCAGUGACAGUAGAUCCCUAUCCUUCGACAAAGAGAAAAGUGAAUUGGAGAGAAGCUGGCAACGGUACCAAUUUGGAACCAAGAGCUUCUCAUCUUGGUACACCAAGAGAUGGAAAUGUUCUGACGGAUGAUUAUCUUUUUCAAGGUGAGAAGGGAAAAUCAGAUGCUAGUAGUUCGGAAGAUCAGCAUAUGAAUACACAGCAUGAAAAAAAAUGGAAUGUUCUGGAAAGUCAGCCAGAAACAAGAGGGAUUGAAACAAAUAUAACCAAGCAGAUCAAAGAACAAGCAGAGUGUAAAGACGUGUGGGUAAAAAGAGACGACAUGAGAGGCCUGAAAGCUCCCCCUGCAGAACAAUUGUUUACCUGCCAAGAGACAGAGGGCUAUGAACUGUCUUCUCCAGCUCAUCAUGGUAUUACUGAGAAAGCAGAAGCACUUACAGCUUAUAUAAUUAAGACAACAUUAGAAAGUACUCCAGAAAGCAUGUCUGCUAGAGGAAAGGCAAUAAUUGCUAAGCUACCUCAAGAGACAGCACGAAGUGACAGGCCCAUCGAGGUAAAAGAAACAGCGUUUGAUCCACAUGAAGGCAGAGAGGAUGAUUCACAUUAUACCCUUUGUCAUGGAGAUACAGCAGGUGUAAUCCGUGUCAAUGAUUUUGAAAAGGAAUCCCAUUCAGCUAUUUGUAAUGUAUAUGUAGAUGAAAUGGAGAAGGAGGCAACCACGUCACCACGCAAUCCUAGGAAGACACUUGACAAGGAACAACGUGGAAUUGGAAUUGUAACAUCUGCAGACGAACCUUCACAGGUCAUUAUAGGCAAUCAAAAAGCUACAUCAAACCUGGAUUUACAUUUGGGAGUGUUACCAACAGACAAAGCAAUAUUCCCGGAAAAUAAAGGUCUUGGGCUGCUUCAAGAAUCAUCACGGAGAACAGACUUCGAUGCUGUUCAUUCUGCGUUUAUUUCAGACAGUGUCAGCACUUCUCAGAGCAGCCCUCAAGUUUUCAAAUGCCAGUCGAAAACUUCAGAACCCUUUUCGGAAUGGCCAGUUUCUGAAGAGAAAGCAGUUACAAGCACAAUACUCGAGUCCUUUCCUACCAAAUCAGAAUAUAUUUGCCAUCCAGAAAGUGAGAUCCCAGGCCAUGUCACGUCUAAAUCUGAUGAUGUUUCUAAAAGUUUGAAAAUAAUGGAAUCAGGUAGAGGAAGAGAAAGACAUGUGGGUCGGACUCUCCAACAAAAAGAAGGUAAAAGCUUGGAAAAAUCCCAAGGUCCAAUGAUUUUAACCAGUGAACCUCUUGAGAAUCUGGAGGAGGCAAGGUCUGACAUUGAAGAAGUGAUGUGUUUUGAAAAGUCACAAAACCAUUCAGAUGACAAAGGGUCAGAGAGCCCUGCCUCUGCUACUCUUUCUGACCAGAAUGUCCAAGCUCAGGUUACAGAGUCUCUGCUCUCCGCAUACAUCAACUCUAAAAUACCUUAUUUCCUUUUGUUUCUGAUAUUUCUAGUGACUAUCUACUACUAUGACUUAAUGAUUGGCUUGGCAUUCUACAUUUUUUCCUUAUACUGGUUAUACUGGGAAGGGGGAAGGCAAAGAGAGUCAGUCAAAAAGAAGUGAGGUUGACACAAUGACUCUUCUCCCUUGAAUGAUAAGCUAUUCUCUUGAAUGAUAAGCUAUUUAGUCCCAAACAUUUGGGUUGGCGAGAGAGACUAUUCAUUGUUCAAAGAGUCAGCGCAGUUUUUCUCUUGAAGGAACAUUUAAAAAGGAAUGCGUAUGAAGUUUGCUCCUUCGUAUAAGUAAUUAUUCUAUAUAGGACCAUUAUGCUUGGAUCAUUAAACACCUAUAUGAAUAUGAGGUCUAAAGCACGUCAAGUUGAAAUUAGGUACAGCUGUUGCUCCUUAGCAGGCAGUGAAGUCGCAAUGCUUCAUAUCUCUUUGCUACUUAAAGUGCUAUUUCUUGGAAUCAUUUCUUUCACAGUAAAACUUUGGACUUUUUUUCCCCUCAAAGCACUUUCUUUCCCCCUAUGGUUUUUAAAAAUAGAUAAAACACAGACAAUAGCAGAAAUUUUUUUUCUUUUAGCCCUUAGAAGUAGCGAUGAAAUUUUCAUUUAGCAGCAUGUCAUUUAUCAGCACAUAUUUAUAGAUCAAAUACUGAAAUUUCUAUUUUAUACCUUCAAGAACAUGCCCAUGUGUGUUACAAUAUAAAACCUUAAGAUGGAAACAUGUAUUCACUUUAUACUUCAUAUGCAUAGCCUUGUAUCUCUUUACACCUACAAUGGUAGGGUGUUUAUGAAACAAAUUUGAUCAAUACUUCUGUAUCAAAUUGAAAAUUUUCAUGAAACUCUACAAAUUUUGUGGAUAGCCCAUUUUAAGCAACAUUUUUCAAUUGGAAGGACAGACUAUAACAGAGUUAACAAUUUUAGUUUUAAGUAGUGUCCAGACAUGAAAACUAAAACCUGUAAGCGUCAUGUUUGGACUAUGUAUCUAUAGAGCAGAAGCUCUCAACCUGUAGGUCGUGACUUAUUUGGGGCUUCAAAGCAGAUACCCUGCAUGUCAGAUACUUACACUAUGAUUCAUGACAGUAGCAAAGUAAGUUAUGAAGUAUCAACAAAAUAAUUUUAUGGUUGGGGGUCACCACAACAUGAGGAACUGUAUUAAAGGUCGAAAGAAAAGGAAGAUUGAGAAUCACAGCUCUAGAGCAUAAAGCCUCAAAUGGCAAUAAUAAAAUAUAUAAUAGAAUGGUUUGCUCUUUAUGAUAGUUCUUUUGCUUUUAACUUAGUUGUUAAUUUUAAAAUAAUAAGGAGAAGAAUUAUACCUAGUGUACACAGACAGAACAAACACCUUGUCUUGGCUGAUCCUCAUUAUGUGAUCUUUAAGUUGUGAGCUGAUGAUUCAAAAUUGAAAACAGGAAAAAUAGGUAUAGCUGGAAUCAUACUGGAAAAUAAGUAAACAUUAAGUAUGGCAGUGGUCUGGACCACUGUAAUUAUGGGUAAGAGUGUGAAAUAAUAGAACUUUUUGAUGAUGAUACUGCCAAGAAAAAUAUACAAUUUAUUUCAGCAAUUUUUGGAUGACUGUAAUAUACAAGGCACUGUGUGCUCUAUUCUGUGAUAGUCCCUUGAUACAAUUAGCAUAUAUGGAUUCCUUUAUAUAGCAAAAUAAUACAUUUUUCACUUGCUUGGAGCAUGAAAAAUGUCACAUAGAGUGAGCCUAUUUAAAUGGUCAUCUUUUAUGAGAAUUUUUUCAAGGAAUAUUUAAUUGAAAAUGGUAUUUUUACCUAUAAUGAUAAACGUACAUAUCAUUUAAUCUUAGAAAUAUGCAUUUAUGAGAAAAUAAAAAUAUUUUAAAUGACUUUCAUCUGAUACUUAGCGAUUUGCCUAAUUUUCUUUAUGUACACAAUUAUUUCUCAAUCUUACAAUUGCAUGCUAUUCUUAAGUCCUCUUGAAAAUGACUGCCUUCCUUCAACUCUUUAGUUGAUCAAAUACAAACAUCCUGAAGUAGAAUGUAGGUCAAAUAUUUGAUUUUUUCAGAAGCAUAUUUCCAUUAAAUACAAGUGGAAUUUCUUUAAGCAGUCCUUAGAAAUUAUCUUUAAAAUUGUUGCUAUCAUAUUUUGUUGUCAGGACUAAGCUGGAGUUAAAGUUAGCAUUCCUUCAGAGUCUCUUGACAUAGAGUUUCUUAAGUCUAAGUUUUAAGAGUUUUAGUCAAUAUAUCAUUUCUCUUUAAUGUAAAGAACACUAUUAUUUUAUGAGCACAGGUGCCCCAACUGGAAUUCUUCUCUGAAAUGAUCAAUCCAACUUCUUUUAUCAAUUUUAUUUGAUAUCUGAUAACAUUAACUCACAAACCAUUCUCAUGAAUUUGUAAUAAAACAGGAAUAAGAGUCAAAAGAUUUUAAAUGCUGAUUUGAACUGUUUCUUCAAACCUUAUGUAUGAGGAACUUGGAACAAAGUCACAAGAACAUGUAAAGUGAUUGUUGUAUGGCGAGGUAAAGCUCAGCAGUCUCUUUUGGUCAUUUCUCUAUGCUGAGUAAGAAGAGUGGGUGGCAGGAAGAACUCGUGACCUCUGCUAAGAAGGGUUUGGUUAUGGACCAUGUUGGUAAAUGCCAUUUUUUAAUGCAUAACUGUGUGCUCCAUGUCUCACCAACAUUGACUUUAGGCAUAAUGAGGACAUGGCAGAGUAAUUAGCAGUGAGGAACUUUAUCCCAUUCUCAUUUUGAAUAAGAAAUUUGGUGUAAUCAUUAUUAUUCUUUAUCAUGAUGGACUUCUCACUCUUAGACAUGAAGCCCUGAAAAUUAAUUGACAAGUCUAAGAAGUAUAAGUAGUAACUGCAACUCUUCUUUAAGAAAUCUGACUUCUCUGAGCUAUCUGUUUCACAAUAGAACCCUUAGCCAUGAUUAAGUGAAUUCAUAGAUAAUAUUACUCUUCAGCAUUGAGGAAUGAUAGACUAAUAGAACAAUAUAUAUCUAAGAAGGUCUAAUAUGUCAAUAGGAAAGUUUACCAAGGACUAGAUGUUUAUCUAUAUUUAAAUAUUUGUCAAUAUUUUGUCAAAACAGGAAAUUCUUAUACCUCAUCUUAUACCAGUAUUCUGGUUAAAUGGAAAAAUUUUAAAUGACUAGAUGAAAUAAAGGGAAAUAAGUAAGAUAUUUUGUCUCUCUGCAAUAGUAUUCAUGGAGAAUUUUAAAUGUUUUCUUUUGCAGAAAUGAAUUUUAUUUCAUGCUAAAAACCUUUUUUUAUCAAGGUUCCUUUUGUAUAUGAAUAAAAUAAACACAAAAUAAAUAAAAUAGGCCUCAUAAAAUUAUAGGCGGUUGGUAGUGAUCUCCUUUAUGAUAAUAGGCUUUUUCUUUUACAUGUCUACUGAGUACUUCUGGAAAUUGAUUUUACAAUAGGACCUCCUUUUGGUGUUAUCCUGUUUUAACCAGUUCCAGUGGAACUGAAGAAGAUCCAUUUUGACUCUACAAGAUGUGAAAUGACAGGCCAUGUUUGCCAGGUACCUCUGGGGCUCUGUAUCUCUGAAGAGAGCAGCUAAAAAGGCUACUAAGUUAUUUCUGAUUAACCAUGGUUGCUUUUGUAUUUUUUUUUUGGAAAUUUUAUAAUAAAAAUAUUGUCAACACAAUUUAAUUUUCCUCAUUUAAAACAUAUUUAGUCAUGAAUAUGAUGUUUCUAUCACAUACACCAAACUUUUAAAAUUAUAAAUUAAAUUUUAAUGAAGCUACCAGCCUACCUUUGCACGCGCAUGUAUUUUACAAUAAAUUGUUCUGUUGUGGUUUGCUGAAACUUUAUUAAACAAACAACUAUUUAAAAAGUAUAAGAUUUUCAUUUUAUAUCAUUUUAACGUUUUCAAAUUCAUAAAAGGACAUUGGUUUUUCGAAAGCGAGACAAUGCAUUGUGCAAAAUUUUAAUGAAAGCUUCCCCAAGUCUUUUUCUACUAUAUUCAAUUCAUGCAAAUUGUUAGAAAAUAAAGUAAGAGGACAACAAGGGUAAAAGGUUAUGGAAUCAUUUUGAUUUGGCUGUGGUGCCUCCAACAUCUGACUUUACAAUAGACUGUGAUUCAUAA